AUGAAGACGGCAACGGCAACAGCAGCACGAAUACCAGCGUCAAGCCGCCGCCUCCUCCCCCUCCCUCUGCGCGGGCUGUCCUCUCAGCAGACCUGCCACUCUAUAAUACCUCGACGUCUGGCGGCUGGACCCAGGACUGUGCAGAGGAGGGUGGUGACUACACGGCCGAAGACAGCAUUGUUCUUCCCAGGCCAGGGCGUCCAAAAAGUAGGCAUGCUGACCCCUUGGGUCGAAGCUUUCCCUCGCACCGCGGCGCCCAUCCUUGACGAGAUCGAUACGGUGAUGGGCUACUCCCUGACGCGCAUCAUCGCCGAGGGCCCCAACUCGCUCCUCUCCGCGACCCCCCAUGCCCAGCCUGCGAUCAUGGCAACCUCGAUCCUCGUCCUGCGCGUCCUGGAGCGCGAGUUUGGCUUCCAUGUCAGCGACCGCAUCGACUUCACCCUGGGCCACAGCUUGGGCGAGUUCGCAGCCCUCGUGGCGGGCGGAUACCUCGCGUUCGAGGACAGUCUGUAUCUUGUCAAGAGGCGGGCCGAGGUGAUGGCGGCUGCGACGGCGACGGCAAGGGAGGAGUACGGCGGGGAUUAUGGGAUGGUGGCUAUCGUCACGGAGCCCGAGUACCUGGCGGGCCUGAUCGACGCCGUCAACAACUUCACCGUGCCCAGCAGCGACAAGUCCGACAGCGGCGCCGACUCCGAGGUUCCGCCCAUCCAGCAGGUCAAGAUUGCCAACAUCAACAGCAAGAACCAGAUCGUGCUGAGCGGGUCCAUCGAGCGCAUCAAGACCCUGGUGGCCCACGUGAGGCAGUUCCUGGGCCACGACCCGAGGGCCGUCCGGCUGAACAGCGACAGUCCCUUCCACAGCCCCAUUAUGAAGCCUGCCGUCGCCACCAUGCGGCGCCUGCUGGAUGGGAAAAGCCGGAGGAGGACAAAAGGGUCAAGAGGCCACGACCAGAGGGAGGAGGGAGAGCAAGGAGAGCUUGUCACGUUUCCUGGGAAAGUGAGGGCGAUCAGUAACGUCACGGCGAGGCCCUUUGAGAGCAAGGCCAUGUUGAAGGACCUCGUGGCCAGGUCGUGCCUGGAAACAGUGAGGUGGUGGGACAGCAUACGGUAUCUAGACCAGCAGGAAAAAGUCAGGCGGUGGAUCGGCAUAGGCCCUGGAAAAGUGGGGAGAAACCUGGUGGGAAAAGAAGUCGGGAUUCGUGGGACAGAUGCCGUCAAGGGCGGUGGUGUGUGGGCGAUUACGGACCCGUCAGAGAUCGAGGAGGUGUUGAGGGGACUGGAGGAGACAGACCCGAUUAUGAGCCCUGAGGGCGCAACUUGCUGCAUACCCCCCCAUUAA